AACUUGGCCAGUCAGUGUACACUUUCUUCUUUAGUAAUUAGCUUGGCUUCUAGCAAAGCCAUGCUUCAGCAUCUUCGAGAAGAACCCAUCUCGACUAGAUCACAUCUGUUGUAAAAUUACAUUUUGUUUUCAGUUCCCUGUCAGAAAUGGGCGAGAUCAGUGAAGCGUCCUUACUGGAUUACAUCAGUUCCUCUGGAGGAAAAGUCAAAAAUUCAGAUCUGUCCAAAACAUAUAAGCAUUUUAUAAACCAUAGCGAUUUGCAGCUUCGUGCCAAAUACAGAGAAGAGUUCAAACUCAUCAUUGAUCGAAUUGCAGUUGUUAAAUCUGAGAAUGGAGAGAAAUAUCUCGUCCUCAAGAAGAAGUAUAGACAGCAAAUGCAAGAACGAGAGUCCGGCGCUAGAAAGGGAGGAGAAUCAAUCAAGCCGGUUCAUCCGAACCCACAAAAUGAUCUCCGGGUCUCCAAUCCAGUGCAGAACCUUAACCCAGCAGCUCAGAAACCAGCACUGGUGGCCUGGUGCUCAGGACCCAUGAUUACAGUCACGGAGGCACCAGAACCGACCCAUACAGAUGAUCAGGCAGACAGCACCCUCUCACUGCCAGAAGCAGAGGAGAAACCAGAGGAGCUUUCAGCCUCAGACCGAGAAGAUGAACUCGACAAGGAUUCAGGGUCAAAGAGUGAAUCCGAGCAGGAUGAGGAGUGUGGAGGCAGUUUGGGAUCCACCGCUGUGGCUCUUGAUCCUCUUGAGAAAGAGUGGAUCUUCUCUGCAGCAAGUGGCAAGCUGUCUCACCUCACUCAGCUCCUGAAGCAAGACUCCUCUCUGGCCAAUAAAAAGGACUUCACCUCAGGGGUGAGUAAAAAAACUUUUUCUUUUUUCAUUGUUGGGGAAACGGUUUAAAAACUAGUUUUCCAAGUCGAGAUCACAUUUUAUUACGUUUGCUUGGCUGUAAAGCUGCAUUCUCUCUCAAAACGGCAAGAAAAACCGCAAUGUAGUAUUUUAUCACAUGUUGGAAAAUCUAGUUACUAGAAAAGCUACAAAUUGAGUGCAUUCCAGCACAUGUAAAUAUUUGCCAGCUUGGUGAGAAGCUCGUCAGCGACGUACAUGACGUUAACUAGAGUUCUGGACCGCCGAUUCCCUGUGGCUCCUCGCAAGGUUACUGACUUUCCACAGUUUCCACUCUCGUACCCAGGUGCAACACAGACCAAAGAGCAAAGCUCAACCCCGAUCAUGCAUUUCAAAGGCUUAUUUUCAGAAGGAUUAUGAAAGAUAGCUUUUUAGCUCCUUCACCCCCCAAAAAACAAGCUCAAAUCCUUUUAUUUGUCCCCCCUGUGCGCUUAAGAGCUUUGAGCCGGUGUUUGUGGUCCCUGCCUGGGCCUGAGUUCUCACACUGUCCCGUGUCGGACCACCUUCUAAGAACCUCUAAGCCCUUCGCCUUCCCCGCGCAGACAAGAUACAACGGCGGCCAUUGAAGUGCGGGAGAGAUUAGGCCUCACCUCAAAGACUUCAACCACUUAAAGAUAAUCUGAAAGUAAUAGAGCAGGCUGGGAUUAAUUGGAGAACAAUCGCCGCCGUGUCCCCAGGAAGGUGGUAAGUCUGACCCCCAUGUGGCUUUGAUGCCCCCAUUCCUGAACCGGGACGGCAUGCCAAGCGAGUCACCUCUCCUCGUUUUGGUACAGUGCGACUGUGCUUGCGAGAUGAUGGUUUAAGAGGCGUUUUACCUGUAAAAAAACAAAUAAAAAAUUUCAGAAGCUGAAAAAACUCAAAAACUUCAGGCAACCAGCAUCAGGAGUUUUUAAGUUUACUCAACUUAUGGAAAAAUCGUUGUAUCAUUUUAACAAUUAACAAGUUUCAUCAAACGCAAUAUAUUUUCUAUGAACUCGAAAUUAAUGUUUUCAGUUGUAGAUUAUUAUUAUUAUAUUAAAUUAAUAUAAGUGUUAGUGGUGUAGAAUUGUCUUUGUUUGUCUAACUUGUGUAUCAAUUUGUUGAGCAAUGUAAAAAUACAGAUAAAUAUGAAAAUAUAGAAUAAUAAUUACUUCUGUUCACCAAAGAAAGUUGUGUAUAUGUGUUGAAAUAGAAAAACAUCUUAUUGAAAACAAUCACACUUAUGGUGACUUAAAACAUACAUUUUAUGGCAAAAUACAAUCAGAAACACUACAUAGAGCUAAAACAAUAACAAAUAUUUGUUAUUAUAACUCCCUGUGCUUUGACUAAAAAUACAAAUUAUUCAAGUGCAUCAAUGCUGAUCAAACUGAGCAUGCUCAAUAUUUUCUUAGUUGGACCCUCACCACUAAACUUGACAUUGUAAGUUCUCAAACUAAAUGUGACCCUGGACCAUAAAACCAGUCUUAAGUCGCUGGGGUAUAUUUGUAGCAAUAGCCAAAAAUACAUUGUAUGGGUCAAAAUUAUCGGUUUUUCUUUUAUUAGGAUAUUAAGUAAAGAUCAUGUUCCAUGAAGAUAUUUAGUAAAUUUCUUUCCGUAAAUGUAUCAAAACUUAAUUUUUGAUUAGUAAUAUGCUUUGCUAAGAACUUCAUUUGGACAACUUUAAAGGCGUUUUUCUCAAUAUUUAGAUUUUUUUUGAACCCUCAGAUUCCAGGUUUUCAAAUAGUUGUAUCUCCGCCAAAUAUUGUCCAAUCCUAACAAACCAUACAUCAAUGGAAAGAUUAUUUAUCAGCUUUCAAAUGAUGUAUAAAUCUCAGUUUCGAAAAAUUGACACUUAAGACUGGUUUUGUCGUCCAGGGUCACAAAUGAACAAAAAAUGGACUUUAAUAUUAUAUGUAAUGUCAGCUUUUCCAACCUUUAAAGUAGAGUUUGUCUGACAAAACAAAAGUUAGAAUUUUUUUCCAAGGAUGCUCAUUUUUUGCUGUCCUGGAUCUUUUCUGCCACUUCUAUUGUUUAAGUCUUAAGUUUAAGUAGUUAAGCUUUCCCUUUAGCCCCUCAGUCGCUAAAGUUACACAUCACCCUGAGCCCGUAACCCGACACGACGCGCAUUAUCUCUGUUUUCCUUUCACACGUUGGAAGCUCCUUUGGGGGAAAAUUCCAAUUGAAGCUCUCACAGUGAAGCCCAUAAAUAAACAGUCACGAUCUCAGAUGCAACGUAAACACUCCUUGCUUUGAGCCACUCGAGCAGGACCGCUCGCUUUCUGGCCGCAAACGAGAUAAAGGCCCUGAUGUACUUCAAGAGAAAUCAAAGAUUAACUGAUGUGACGUAAUUUUGAACAAAGUUGAACCAAAACAGCAUUUGUUUGGAGUUCAUUUCACGAGAGUCCCACACAUAACAUGUGGAUAUUAAGAAUUUGGGUAACACUUUAGAAUGGGGAACACUUAUUCACUAUUAACUACGACUUUUCCUUUAAUAAAUUCCUAAUUUGCUGCUUAUUAAUAGUUAACUAAUAAUGUAGAAUAAGUCAUUAAUAUGUGCUUAAUUAGUACUAAUAAUUGUCUUAUAUUCUGGUAAUAUUCGUGCUAAUAAUCAACUAGUUUAUUAAGCAUAAACUCACUGUAAGCAGAAGGUAAUAAAUAAAUAUUCUUUCUUAAUAAAUAAAUAAAUAUUUAAUUAUUUAGUGAAAUGAAUUAAAAGGUUCUGGAGAUCUGUUGGAAGUUGGGAAGUGGUUUUUUUUUUUCAAACUUUGAAGCAUUAAUGCAAGACAUUUGCUUUUAUAAACAAAUUGACACAUUGUGUUCUAUUAAAUUUAUUCCUUUAAAUUUUCUCAACCUGGUCGUAAAAAGUCUCAAAUUUACCGUCAUUAACCUGCAAACUCUAACUAAAAUGAGGGCUCAUAUUCUACAAUAUUGACGAUGGACAAUUGACCUUUUUUGCCCAUAAAAACUAAUAUGACCGCGCCUAAAUACUGUUUGAUACCAUUAUUCUCAGGUAUUAUGAAUUUCUUUUUACCCGUAAGUGAAGAAUGAAACAAACUUUGCUGUAUAUCAGUAACCAUCAUCAGCUUCAGGUUCUUACACCGCUAUUCCAGAGUGGAAAAAAAAACUUCUUGCAAAAAUAUGAAGCAGCAUUGUUAAUAAUAAGAAACUGUCCUUGAGCAGCAAAUCAGCAUAUUAGAAUGAUUUCUGAAACAAACUUUGCCGUACAUCAGGUGUAAAUGUAAAUCUUUCUCUUCUUCUCCACCAUGUCAUCCUUUCCCGAUGUAUCCCGGACUUCCUCCUUCCUCCGCCCAGUUUGUGAGUACAUCAUUUAUCCAUCGCUCUUCUUUGAAAGCCGCAGUGAAUAUGUCUCUGUUGUGCCCCAAUGGUAGUCGUCACAAAGGUGCUAUUUGGUUAGUGAGAGUUGAGGGUUCCCCGCCAGGCCAAAACAGGAACCUGAGGAACAAGGACAGCGCUACACUGGGCUGCGAAACACGGUAAAGAAGACAUGACCACAAUGUUGGCAGAAGCUGGGGCUGACGUCAAUACAAAAGCACAUGUAAGUACUGCUCACCUUGCAUUCACCCUUGCUGUGACAGCAUGCCUGGGUUAAUGUUUCUCACGUGUGUGCCGGGCUGCCAGAAAGUGUCCGGUUUUGAAAUGUCCGCUUCUGACAUAACUCCUGUGAAAGGGUAUGCGGGUGCCCAGCUGUGCAAAUGAAGCCAGGCGCUGUUUGAGAAUGUCUGUUCAUAAAUCAAACUCUGUCAUGUUAACAGCUUCCCUUAAACAAUGUCUUCAUGUAUUCCAACAGCAGGCUCAGAGCAAAGCAAUUUCACUGAAUUACCAGGCAAUUAUGAUUCUGUCAUUAGAUUUUGUUGCUGUAACCUCAGUUAAUUUGUGUCCCGUCUUUCUCUCCCCCUCUUCUCUUCUUUCUGUCACUCUCUGAUUCUGUUGUGUUGUGUUUUUUUUUUUUUUUUUUUUAAUGAUUGGGACAUGGGCACUAGGGGGGAUACACACCGUUACACAUCGCAGCACUGCACGGCCAUCGACAUAUAUUUGAACUGCUGGUCAGGACAUACGGAGCGAAGGAGAAUCUGCGGGACUACAGCGGCCACUUAGCGUAUCAUUACCUCAAUUUACGGGAGACACAAUUACAAGACCAUGAACUAUCUGAAGUCAGCGAGUGCCACAGCCUAACCCAGGCCGGCGAGCGCCACAGCCUAACCCAGGCCGGCGAGCGCAGGAACAGGAAGAUCACCUCAUUAUUUCACUCCAUGAAGAAGUGGGGUUCAGCGGAGGACCUGGCGCCCGUGCCGGAGGAGAGGACUGUUGCUCAUCAGCUCAUGCUGCCUGCGUUUAGACCCAGAAAGUUCUCACGGUAGACUGUGUGAAAUCUCUUGAAUAGUGUACAGAUGAAAACGCACUUUGCUGCUUUUUUCGCACAAAUAGUAUGAUGUAGUUGUAUUCACAUUUAAGUAGCUUUUUAGCUUCAUUAGCAUUUGUAGUGUUAUGCCACAGCAGUGUGUGAGAUUUCUCUGCUAAACGUUUACAUUUUUCAUUGAGCAAUGAAAAGGUGCAUUUUAAAUAACCUGUUCGUCUUAUGAUCCCAAAGUUUUACAAGUAUGAAGAACUAUGUUGUCUGUAUGUUAAUGCUAAAGUUCUGUCUUGAAUAGAGACUGACUUCAGCUUUUAUUUGCCUUAUUUUCACCUUACCAAACUUAAAAGUCAGAAUCACAGUUUAUGGUUCUGUGAGAAUGUUUUUCAUCCUUAAAGACAACACAAUCAAAAAAUACCUUAUUUACAAGUUUUAAAAUAUUUUAUAUACUCUUAUUUUAUAAUAUACUUAAUAUUUUACAUUACUUUUUGCAUAGAUAGAUAGAUGGCAUAUAAAUGAACAAUAUUAAGUAUAAAUAUAUUAUAAACAUUAUUUAUUUUUUUCAGACAAACAAUCAAAUAAUUAAUUAAUUCUCUGCUCCUGAAAUAACUCUCCUUUUAUGAUGACAUGGCAAAUGCUCUGUGCACCAGGAAAUAUAAUAUCAGCCAACAAUAUCCCAACCAAGAGUUUUGUGAUCAAAUUGCAAUGAAAAAAUUAGUCUCAUUCUACAUUAUUUCACUUUUAAAAUAUUCAAAUAUUAUUUUAUGGAAUUUAAAUACUUUGUGAGAGCCUUUUCUUUUAUUCUUUCCUGGUGCUAAUGUCUUUAAUUGUAUGUUUUAUCCCAUUUUUAUAUUAAAAUAAAUGCCUUGUGCAUUCCAAAGGAUGAUGUUGAGUAAAUCUGCUAGUUUGUGCCUUAUACUGGAAAUCUGAGGGUCUUUCCUGUUACCUGAGUGUUUAUUUUCAUAAUGUAAUUUAUGUUCCCUUGUAUAAAAUGAAAAAUAAAUUGUACUGUGUGUAA